CCAGCAGGUUUUGAGGGCGUUCUCCUGCUGACAGCGUGACACCCCCGGCUUCUCCCGCUUCUCCUCCUCUCCCACCCCUCUGCCAGCCACCAUGGAUAAGACCGAGUUGAUCCAGAAAGCCAAGCUGGCCGAGCAAGCCGAGCGCUACGACGAUAUGGCCACCUGCAUGAAGGCGGUAACGGAGCAGGGCGCUGAGCUGUCCAACGAGGAGCGCAACCUGCUCUCCGUGGCCUACAAGAACGUGGUGGGGGGGCGGCGCUCGGCCUGGAGGGUCAUCUCCAGCAUCGAGCAGAAGACGGACACCAGCGACAAGAAGAUGCAGCUUAUCAAGGACUAUCGGGAGAAGGUGGAGUCGGAGCUCAGGUCUAUCUGCACCACGGUGCUGGAGCUGUUGGACAAAUAUUUAAUAGCUAAUGCAACUAAUCCAGAGAGCAAGGUCUUCUACCUGAAGAUGAAGGGAGACUAUUUCCGAUACCUUGCUGAAGUUGCCUGUGGUGAUGACAGAAAACAAACAAUAGAGAACUCACAGGGAGCUUAUCAGGAGGCAUUUGAUAUCAGCAAGAAGGAGAUGCAGCCAACGCAUCCGAUUCGUUUGGGUCUAGCUCUUAACUUCUCUGUAUUUUACUAUGAGAUUCUCAACAACCCGGAGCUUGCCUGCACACUGGCAAAGACGGCAUUUGAUGAGGCUAUCGCAGAACUCGAUACACUGAACGAAGACUCAUACAAAGACAGUACUCUCAUCAUGCAGUUGCUUAGAGACAACCUAACAUUAUGGACAUCAGACAGUGCAGGAGAAGAAUGUGAUGCUGCGGAAGGUGCAGAGAACUAAACUGCACACGGGGUGUCAUUCUCCCUUUCCUUCUCAAGAAACCUUUUUACACGUCUCCAUUCCUUAUAGCUCCACUUGGAUUUCCUAUAGCAAAGAAAACCCAUCCAUGUGUAUGGAAAUCAAUUUAUAGUCUUUUCACACUGCAGCUUUGGGAAAACUCCAUUCCUUGAUUUGUGUUUGUCCUGGCCUUCCUGGUGUGCGGUUACUGCUGUAGAAAAGUAUUAAUAGCUUCAUUUCAUAUAAACAUAAGUAACUUCCAAACACUUAUGUAGCGGACUAAAGUGUACCUGGUAUUUAAAAACAAAUCUGAACCAGUUCCUGCCAGUUGACUGUGUUUUGUAUUACAGUAAAAAUAUGAAAAUGUAGUUAAUUGCAACUAAAGAGUGUUCCACAUAGCUUUUAAUUCUCCACAUUCCCUCCUUCUGCAGGGCUUCCUUUCCAUGAUUGACUUUCACACGCUGCUGUGUAUUCUUUUCAGUAGGGAUAUGGAAGCAUUGGGCCGGAUACAAGUUUAGCAUUUCUAGUUUGAAAAUUUUCAAAUUGAGUUGCUUCCUGUAGAGCAGAAUACGGGAGCUUGUGUGUUUGAGAACAGGGGCUACUCUUACUCUUCAGUUGCUGCUGUUUCAGUUGAUAUCCCUUCCCAAUAAAAGUUCACUUACACUCCUGCCUUUGUAGUUCUGGUAUUCACUUUACUCUGUAUUAGAAGCAGCAUGUUACUGCCGGGGUACAGGCAGUGCUUUUUGGCAGACUCAAGUGCAUGUCAUUCCUUAAUACACUGGAAUGGGAAAACCAAUUGAAGUUCACAUGUCCAAGUAUAAAAUUUAGUACUUUUCCAUGCAGGUUUGUGCACAUGUGAGAAGGUGUCAAGUUUGUCCAGUGAUUGUUAUUUAGAGAGUUUGGACCACUAUUGUGUGUUGCUAAUCAUUGAUUGUAGUCCCAAAAGAGCCUUGUGAAAAUGUUAUGCCCUCUGUAACAGCAAAGUAACAUCAAAUAAAAUUACAUUUUAUAAACCAUUUACCGUUGACUUGUAACAGUUCCAUGCAAUUGCUCAAGGGCUAAACUUAAUCUUGUGCUAGAAGUGUCUUGCUCCAAUUUAGGGCACACUUUAAAGUCUGCUCUUAAAUGAAUUCAAUUUGCAUUAAGUAACGUGCAAAUAUUGUGGAGAACUUGGUGGUGUAACCUGACAUGUGGACUUCUCAGUAACUAAAUGUACUUGAGCUAAUAGCUUCCUCUUACUAACCACCUAAGGAAAAAACAGCUAAUUUCUCAAUGUUCUUCCACAGCUUGCAAAUCUUCCCACCUAAAUUAUGCAUUUCAUAUAAUCUUGUGAAAUUCUCUGAUC